AUGAGCUGUCAACUCUUUUCUACAUCUCUAAAUUCGCUUCUGCUUGCUGAUUACUUGCUCUUUGUGUGUGCAUCAGCUUCACGUGGAUUCCAUGCUACCGGUGUGAAGAGGAUGUCAGGGCAUGGCCAUGAUGAGCCAUACUACCUCCACGCCAAGCACAUGUACAACUUGCACAGGAUGAAGCAUCAGAAGCUGACUGCAUGGACUUCGGUGCUGGGAGCUGUAAGCAUUGGUGUCGGUGUCCCGGUUUUCGCGGUCGUCUUCCAGCAAAAGAAGACCUCCUCGGGCUGA